GGGAAGGGGAAGAGAGAGAGAGGGACAGAAGGGGAGAGAAGAGGAAGAGCACAACACAGCAAGGCAGAGAAAAGAGAGUGUGCAGGUUUCAGCUUUUUCCUCUAAUUUGUGGUUUGCCAGAGAAAAAGCUGCAGCACUGAUUCCGAGGAGAUAUUUGGGAACAUGCAAGGUGCACGCUGACCAGAGGAAAUAUGUUGACACUGCCAUUCGAGGAACCUCAUAUGACGCGUGAGCCGCGGUUCGGUGCCAAUUAUUCCCGUGAAAGCUUACCUGACAGCCUGGAGAAGGAGCGAGAACACGACAGGUCCAACUCGGACAUGAGGGAGGCCGAGGAAGACAUCUCCGACAGAGAGGAUGACGAGAGGGAGGGCGAUGGGGAUGACAACGGGCUUCCUAAAAAGCGGGGCCCGCGAAAAAAGAGGGCAGGCAAGGAGUUCGACAGGACCAAAGUACGGCGCCAUGAAGCUAACACCCGAGAGCGCAGCCGGAUGCACGGCUUGAACGACGCGUUGGAGAGCCUUCGCAAAGUUGUGCCGUGCUACUCCAAAACUCAAAAACUGUCCAAGAUUGAGACUCUGAGACUGGCUAAAAAUUACAUCUGGGCCCUGUCAGAGACUCUGAGCGCAGGGAAGAGACCGGACCUCCUCGCCUUCGUGCAGACUUUGUGCAAAGGAUUAUCUCAGCCCACAACCAACUUGGUGGCCGGUUGUUUGCAGCUGAACGCGAGAAAUUUCCUCACAGACCACAACGGGGAGGUCAUGUUCUCUGGCAGAUCGCCCUACGAUGCCAUGUACCCGUACCCCGGUUCAGACAUGAACACGCCCCCCGGCCACAGCGGCAGCAACGUGGACGGCAGCGCCAAGCCGUUCAGACACUACAGCUACAGCGGCGCGUACGAGCCCUACUACGAGAACCCUUCCCCGGAGGGCGGGAGUCCACAUUUCGACGGCCAGCUGAGCCCCCCGAUGAACUUUAACGGGAUUUUCUCCCUAAAACACGACGAUCCGCCAGAAUACGGCAAAGGCAGCCACUAUGGCAUGCGCUACUGCAGUGCGCCAGGACGCACGGCUCUUGCGCACAACUCCAUGUACCGAGUCUCCCCAGAGGGCCGUUUCCCCUACGAUCUGCACGUCCGUGGCCAGUCCUUCCAAGCACAAGGGGAAGUUAAUGGCUCUUUCCACAAUUAAUCAAUCAGCUGGACAAAGUUCAAGUUUCAGAAGCGAUGCAAUUUCCCUCCGCAGAUGUCGAGAGUGGGACGAAAUGGACUCCAGACACGAUGAUGCACUGGGAAAAAAAAUGCCCAUUUAAACAAGUCAUUUUCUGUUGAAUGCACAGUCUUAGUUUUUCUUUGAAACAUGGUAAAAGUCUGCAAAUUAGAUAAGAUGAUUUCACUUGUUUCAAAUUGUGUGUCGAUAGGGCAGAAAAAACAGCAAUAACGAUUUUGCUUCGAAAACAAAUGAAAUGAUUUUAGGCAGACUCAUUUUAAAGAAAGCUAAAAUGUAAUGGCUCAAUACCACAUAUUUGUUUUCCAUUGGAAAACCACACAUGUAGAGAAAUUCGUUAACGACACAAAUUGUUUACAGUUACAGUGCAUUAUAUUUAUGUGUUACUGGCUGCACUGUCGUUCAUGCUAUGGGUUAUAUAAAGCUGAUAUAAUGAACGAUUAAUUCGAUUUUCUCCUUAUUUAAUCAGGUUCCCAGCAGUCAGUAAAAUCAUUUUCGUGACGAAAUAAAAUCAUCUAAAUGAAACAAUCGGGGAAGAAGAAUCUAAAGAUGUUUCACCUCAUCAGGGAAGUUUGCUGAGACAUGAUUGGAGUUCAGAGAUUCAGUCUGUUAGCAAUAAAGGUCAAUUGAGCUAUGCAAGGCAGCCAAAUACAAUCUUUGCUUAAAAAAAUGAAAUAUGUCUAUUUCCUUUCACAAGACGUUUCUCAUAAUCUAAUUAAAAUGAUGACAAUUAGGGCCUACAUUAAAUUAAUUAUUAAAAAAAAAAAGAAAAACGCCAGUUUGAAGAUGUGCACGUGUUUAGGAUACCUGGUGAUGAUGAUGAUGUCAUCUGAACUGGUCCCAUAAAUACAGCAAUUGGUGAGGAAAAAACAUUAAAAACUAAAUGCAUUUGUAUUUGGAGUAAAUAGUGUGGUAACGAGGUGAAUGUAAAUUAUUAUUGUAUUCAUUUAUUUAUUUAAGCUUAUUUAUUAAAAGUCAGUCAAUUUGAAUGUGGAUAAUAUAUUAUUAAAAAAAAUAUUGUAAAAUUCAACAGUGUUACCUUUUAAUGUGAAUUUCCAUACAUUUAAAGUUUGUUUAUGUUGCAAUGUUGUAUAUUUCACUGAAGCUAGAAGUAACAUCAUUUUGUUUGAGGUGAACAGAAUGUUUCAAACCUAAAUGGAUCCGAACAACAUGCCUUAAAAAAAAGAGAUGCUGACCAUCAAUAUGCAACGAAAUGACAGUUUUGGAUAGUUUGAUGUGAACUUUUUACACUUCCUUGUUCCUGCUGAAGAGCAACUGUGAUGCACUUCAUGUAAUUCUGCACAAUGUUGGUGACUGUACUCUCAUAAAUUCUGUUGAUUUUGUAACUUUACCCGAAUGAAGAAUGAUUAUUGGAUGAUAUUCUUUACUUUUAUUUCUCAUACACACACACACACACACACACACACACACACACACACACACACACACACACACACACACACACACACACACACACACACACACACACACACGUACACCCAUGCACACACUCCUGAAAACUCGUUAUGGAUCGAAAUAUUCGUGAAGUAAUGUGUUAAUGUUUUGUGAUGUGUUUGUCGCAAUAAAAUGAAGAGGUUGUGAGAGGCUUCAUGUUGCA